UUCGCAUGGUGACGGCUCAAUGUGCUGCUUGGUAAGAUCCAAGAUCACAAGCAGGCCAAGCGAAUCGGAAGGACCAUCAAAAUCGAUAAUUUUUUUUCCUGUUCCCCACUGCUUUUUCAUCUGUACAGCUUUUUGUUUUCACUUUUUCUCCAAUGCACGACCCUGACACCAUGCCCUCGCCUAAUGCGUCUUACAUUUCUAAUGUACCCACACCGCCUACCCUCUCCGAGACUGCCAGCAGCUCCAGCGCGUCAACAGAAACUGGGAAGCGGCGAUCCACCCGCCACCACUGCCCGCGCUAUCUUGACAACGCAUUGACUGGCUAUGAAGUGCUCGAAAUGCUGGACGAGUUCAUUAUAGACACUGACGGUCCCCAGCGCCGCAAGCGCCGCCGGCGCGCUCCACGGGCUCCCAAACAGACGGCAGGGAAACAGCUGGGUGCAGAGGAGCAGAAGCCAGAGAAGAAAAAAGCAGCCGUGCGUCCGCGCUGGUAUAACCAGGUGUAUCUGAUAUUCCUCGCUCUGCGGCAGUCACCAGGGUACACAGCUAGCCGUGGGGACCUGGUGAAGCGCGCAGUAGAGCUGGACGAGAAGAUUAGCAAGGAGCGAGGCCUACCAAGGGCGUUUACCGGCAGGACGCCGCUGAACAGCGCCAGUGCUGUGUUGACCAACAACUGGGACAAGCAUUUUGUGCAGUUCCGGCCAGAGGGCGCGCGCAGCUACCAUUUCAAGCUGGCAUACCUGCCUGGCGACUUUGAGAGCGCAUUGAAGGAAUACGAGGCGUGGAUGCAGGUGCUGGUCGAGAAGGACUGGCCCGUAUGCUUUGGUCCGGACCUGCCUGUGCCGGUUGAAAGCUGUGACGCGAGUGCUGCAGAUCCAAGCAAGCAGAGUGAGGCAGCGGCUAUCUCAAAUGGCAGCACCGUGGUAGACCCGCCAAUAGCCACUGAUGCUGACACGCCAAGCGUGAUAGCUGAGGACCAGCAGCCUAGCCCUGGGGCGCCGGCACUCGAGGCACCAGCCACUAUCUCUGGCGACAUUCCGCGCACCUGGCAAGAUAUCGUCGAGGUUAAGCCCUCGACGAUACCGCACGCCGGCAACGGUCUAUUCGCUGUGCGUGACCUGCCUGGCGGGAUCCCCCUAGGCUUCUAUUUCGGCGUCCCUAUGACCGAAGACGAGUACGAUUCGCUGAAGGACACUGUUGGCAUGGCAUCGCACUACUCAAUCAUGUACCGGAAAACGGUGCUCGAUGCCACCGACACCAACGGCAUGCCAUAUGCGGACCCUGGCGGCCGCCUGUACUGUCCAUUCCACUUCAUGAACGAGGACCGCGAGGGCCAAAAGUUCAAUAUUGCCUUCCUCGAGGGUGUCAAAGUCAACCAGAUCAUAUGCCUAACGACACGCAAUAUCAAGAAGGGCGAGGAGCUGUUUGUUUCGUAUGGCGAGGAGCUGGCUCGCCCGCGCGGUGUACGCGCUGCUGUGGCCGACUCUGUCAAGGGCGAGGCAGCCGGUCCCACCAAUUCCGCUGUAGGUGGUCUGCAAACGAAGCUGCUGGCUAGUGACGCCGAAUAAACUCGGGAGUGUCGCAUGCAUUUAUUUUGGAGCACUAUGUCAUAUAAAGCACGGCUGGCAGAUGCCCAUUCCCGCCCUACUGGUCAGUGAGGUUCAUCGCUUGCAUCAGUGCCCCGUAGACCAUCUUAAUCUUUGCCCGGAUCGAGUUGGCUUCCUCUGUAUGCUUGUCGGCAAGCCUAUGUUGGCCAGAACUUUGCGUUAGCAAUAUUUUUGUGUUUCUAUUGCAAUGGCGGUCCAGUCAGUGCCACUACUCCAUUACCAGUGUUCAGCACUUACUUUUCCAUAUGCUUGACCUUCUCGUCGAUGAAUGAGUCUGCCUCAGCCAGUGUCAUU